AUGUCCCCCGAACAGAUCAAAGCAAGCAUUCAUCGCUUCCGCGUCCGACAAACAUCCCCAUCCUCAGCCGCCCUGCGUCGCUCGGCUUCACCUCCCGCCGUGCGCCAUCCUCCACCCUCGACGAAUGCGACAGCGCUGCCGGCACCACCGGAGACCGCCCCCGAUGUCUCAUCCUCCUCAGCAGCGAUAGCAGCAGUCUCGGCGGCCCCAGUCUCAGCUUCAGCUCCAGUCCCAAUCCCAUCUGCGCUUCCAAGUCCGAGCCCGACUGCAGCCACUGCCAAUGUCUCUGCCUCCGUGGCGCUCUCUUCUCUCUCGGCGUCAUCGCCGAAGGCGACCCGCGACAUCCCCGCUUGCGACCGCUGCCGCAGCUUCAAGAAGAAGUGUAGCCGCACUUUCCCCGUAUGCACGCUUUGCGCCAACGCGGGACACAAAUGUUCCUUCUCCACGCCCGCCGCGUCCACCGCGGCCCAGACGCAUCACCUGCGCGCCCGCAUCGAAUGGUUGUCACGCUUCAUCAACGACAACUUUCCCGUUGCGGGUGUCCCGGGCGUGGAAGCUGUGGACACGGGGACGGACCUCACCUCGUUGCUGGGUUCGUCGCCGGCUGCUACUGCUGUAGGGCAGCCGUUGGAGAUUAACCCGACGACUCCGGCGAAUGGAGCCACGCCUGGGUCUAUGAGCGUUGGGAGCAACCGCGGAGAACCAAGAGACACGUUUGCAGUGCAUCAGCAGCCACAUAGUACCUCAGGAUCAAUCAUGUUUGACCAGAGAAGCCUGGCGGUGAAUGUGGACUCGGAAUCGCCGUCAUCGAGAGGCAAUGACCACGUGCGAGCUCUGCUUCAGCCAGCACCUGACCCCGGGAGGAUACUCGGCAUCGAGGGUCUUCGCGACGGAGAAGGCUUCACAUCUUCGAGUUUGCCUAGAGAUGCCAUUGCACGGCGGUUCGUUGACGCAUAUUUCCGGAACGUCAACCGGGCGUAUCCCUUCGUCAACCGGACCAAGGUCCUACGAGAUCUUGAGUCCUUGGGAGAAUCAUCAAAGAGGCGCAGAGAUGCCGACUCGACGUUACUUUACCUCAUCAUGGCUAUCGGAUGCACCACUCUUCAAAGAGCAGGGCAAAUACCCAACGACACAGCAUCCAAAUUCGAUGUGGGGUAUGCAGAUAUCAUUCAAGAGUGUUUGGUAAGAGAAGAUCUUGAAUCAAUUCAAAUCCUGGUUCUGGUGGCAUUGUACUCGCUCUUUGAUCCCAAGGGUAUCUCAACAUGGUCCAUAGCUGGCAUUGUCUCUCGUCAGGCCAUGCUGCUUGGCCUGAGCAGGAGAUCUUCUGAAGACAAGAACCUCUCAGCGAUGGACAUUGAGUUACGCCACCGAUUAUUCUGGAGUAUCUACGUUUUGGACCGGAUGAUGGCCAUCUCGCUCGGGCUUCCGGUAGCACUCAUCGAUGAGAAUGUCGAUGUCCCGCUGCCAGGCCUCACCAUCGAAGAAUUUGCGUCACCUGACCGGCAACACUUUGCGUCUAUCCUACAGACCAAUCGACACGUCAUCCAGCUCAGACAGCUAGAGGACCGAAUCCUGAAACAGAUCCAUACGCGGAAGCAGUCCGAAGUUGCCGCACUCUCACAAGCUGAUAGACGAGCCAUCGCGCAGAACAUCAGGUCCGAGAUAGAGAACUGGUAUAGCAAUGGGUGUCUUGUGUCUCCGCUAGAGCCAGACAAUGUGCCUAUUCAUAACUCAGUGACUUGGCUGAGUGCUAGAUACUAUCAUCUUCUACUCCUUCUCCACUACCCCUGCCACUUCAACUCCUGCGGGUCCAUCGUGUCUGCAGUCGAGUUACUCCGCUUCGCCCAGAAGCAUCUGCAAUCAACAUCAGUCCUUUUGCAACAACGCCAACUCCCUCUGAACCGCGUAACGCUUUGCAGACUGUUUCCAGUAGGCCUGGUGCUGAUUCAUAGCUUCAUUGCCUGCGCCGCAGAAUGCACGUCUUUCUCAGCUAGGGACGAAGUAGCUGUUAUCGUAAGCAUUCUCGAGGCCUUUCCCGAAGGCUGGACGCAAGCCCGACAAGCUGCACACGUCUUCCGUCAAUUCAUGGGCCUCAUCUCUGGCGUGCCGAACAACGGCUACACCACUCUCCACUUCCCCAGCAACGUCUACGGCAACGGCCAGAUGACCUCGUCGAGGGAGUCGUAUCAAGCGAUGGUCCGACCCAUCAUUACCGGGCUUGUCGCGCUGAUGCAGGAGGUUCUCGGCAAAUCGACUUGUUACGCUUUUCAUGAGUUUCCUGACGACUGUGGCGGCCAGCCUUCGGCGCCGGCCGGGUUUAGGGGCCAGACUGCGUUUUCUCCGACCGGUCCGACCCGUUCUUCGGCAGCUGUUGGGAACGACGAAUCUUCUAUGGACUAUGGCUGGGGCUCGCUGGAACUGGGAUUUCUUUGA